AUGAAGUUUUGGGACCAUGGGCGUAUAGCUCUGGUCACAGACAACGAACGGGUCAUGGAGGAAGGACAAGCCAAUGAAAACACGCCAAUUGAACCUCCUGAGGCGGAACAGACCAGAAACACCUUGAUGUAUUGUUCGGUUCCUAAAACAGCGAAAGAAGAAGAUGUAAAGGCCCAUUUCACAGAGGCGUACCCGACCUGCGAAGUUACCGCGGUGACCUUGGGCUAUGACGUGACCGAGCUCUCGAAUCUUGAUCAGAAAAGCCACCUCUGCUGCUUUUGCGACUUUGAGGAGGUUGAUGCCAUCGAGUUCUACACAAAUAUAGAACAAGGCCUGCUACAAAAGAUGAGGGAUCAGCUGGAAAAGGAACCACCACGCCCCCUGGGGAUGGCCUUUGUGACCUUUAAGACCAAUGCCAUGGCCAGAUUAGUUCUGAAAGACUUCAACGCUGUCAAGUGUCAUAAAUUCUGCUGCGGAAGGAAGCCCAAGUCUUCAUCCAAAAGCGAAGGUCUGAAAGUGACGAAUUGGAGAGCUGAAUUUGCAUCUUUUGCCAGAUCUAUCAAGUGGAAGAAUCUGGCAGUGAAGGGUUUCAAAUGGACGGGUCAAUUUCUCUUCGUCAAUUUGGCCCUCUUUGCCCUGGUCACAUUCCUCACGACUCCCGCCAUGAUGGUGAACACCUUGGGCAGGUUCAAUGUGACAGCACCGGUCACCGAUUUCAUGAUUCCCAUUGUCAGUCAGUUCUUCCCCACUCUACUGCUGUUGGUGUGUUCCUCAUUGCUUCCUGCCAUAGUUCACCAUUCUACAGAUUGGGAAUCACACUGGAGCAGUUCCAGUGAGCAGCUGAGCACGAUGCGGAAACUCUACUUUUUCCUGAUCUUCAUGGUGCUCAUCCUCCCCUCAGUAGGAAUCACCAGGUGUGUGUUUCUGCCUGACCACGGAGUGUUUGUUGUCGACUAUGUGAUCACAGCGGGUUUCAUGGGCUCUGCGAUGAAUUUGCUGCGGUUGCCAGAGUUGCUGCUUUAUAGCAUUCGUUUGGUAUUUGCACGCUCUGCGGCUGAAAGGAAAUACAUCAAACAGAACCAGGCCCACGAAUUUGAAUAUGGAGCCAUGUAUGGCUGGACCCUCUGCGUGUUCACCGUUGUUGUGGCUUACAGCAUCAUUUGUCCCAUCAUUACGCCUUGUGGUCUACUAUUCGUGAUGAUAAGGCACUUUGUGGACAAACACAACCUGUACUUUGCCUACCUUCCCAACCCCCUUGAUAGCCAUGUCCACAUGGAAGCUAUCGAUAUGGUCUUGGCGGCGCCCAUCAUCUGCCUGAUGUUGCUUUACUUCUACUUUUUCCUCACAGCAGGUUUCUUGAGCCCCAUAGCUAUGUUCCCCAUGGUGUUUCUAUUGAUCGUUGUCGUCGUCUGCAUCACACACAAGCUCUCUGGCUAUUUCAAAUGCCUCAGCCCACACAACUAUAAGUCUGCAGGACACAGUUGUCGGAUCAGACACAAGCUGCUGAGCGUCCACACUGCCAGCAAUCUGAUGUCCCGGCACACAAACUUCACUGCCAACUGGGUGAUGGCAUCCUUGAGUUGA